ACUCAAACCCUAUGGAGGACAAGGACUCCGUAUCAUUAACCUGUGAACCUGAGACUCCGGACACGACCUACGUGUGGUGGAUAAAAGGUCAAAGCCUCCAAAUCAGUGACAGGGUGGUGAUGUCCCAGGACAACAGGACCCUCACUUUAUUCAACAUCACAAGGAAUGACAUAGGACCCUAUGAAUGUGGAAACUGGAACCCAGUCAGUGCCAACCGCAGUGACCCCUUCACCCUGAAUGUUCUCUAUGGCCCCGACGUCCCCACCAUUUCCCCCCCAGAAUCAUAUUACCGUCCCGGGGCAAACCUCACCCUCUCCUGCCACUCGGACUCUAACCCACCUGCACAGUAUUCUUGGUUUAUCGAUGGGAGGCCCCAGCAAGCCACACAAGAGCUCUUUAUUGCCAGUGUCACUGUGAAUAAUAGCGGAUCCUAUGCCUGUGUCGCCCAGAACUCUGCCACUGGCCGCAAUGGGACCACGGUCAAGACUAUCACAGUCUCUGUGGAGUUACCCAGACCUUCCAUCACAAGCAACAACUCCAACCCCGUGGAGAACAAAGACUCUGUGGCAUUAACCUGUGAACCAGCAGCUCAGGACGUGACCUACCUGUGGUGGCUAAACAAUCAGAACCUCCCAAUCAGUCCCAGACUGCAGCUGUCCCCGGAUAACAGGACUCUCACUUUAUUUGAUGUCACAAGGGAUGACUCAGGACAUUUUGUGUGUGAAAUACAGACCCCAGAGAGCACCAACCACAGUGACCCCUUCACCUUGAAUGUUCUCUAUGGCCCUGAUGCCCCCACCAUUUCCCCUCCAGAGGCAUCUUACAGUUCAGGGGCAAACCUCAGCCUCUCCUGCCAUUCGGACUCAAACCCACCUGCACAGUAUUCUUGGCUUAUCAAUGGGAGUUCCCAGCAAGCCACACAAGAGCUCUUUAUCCCCAGAAUCACUGCAAAGGAUAGUGGGUCCUACACCUGCCAUGCCCAUAACUCAGCCACAGGCCUCAAUAGGACCUCGGUCAUGAAGAUCAUAGUCUCAGAUGCUCCAGUGAAAGAAAGUUCUCCUGGCCUCUCAAUGGGGGCCGUAGUUGGCAUUGUGAUUGGAGUACUGGCCGGGGUGGCUCUGAUGGCAGCCCUAGCAUACUUUCUGAGUUCCACAAGUAGAAGGUAUGAUGCCUUUCCUCUUGUUGGGUUUCCUCCAAGGCUAACUGCCAUGCUUGGGAGAGGGAAAGACGUUCUACACCUGUCUCUGCGCCUGGAUCUCCUCCUCCUGCUAAACUCUUGCUUCUCGGCACUAAUUCCUGCUGGUCUCUUCUUCCCUGGUGUCCGUGCUCCCUGCACCCCUUUGUCUCGUGGACAUGGCUGUUCCAAUCCCCAUAUAGUCUAGAGGAACAGACCCAAUUAUGUUCCUAUGGUCCCCACUCAGGGAAGCCAAGGUCCAAGAAGAAAAUAAAUGAGAAAAAGAAAGAAGCAGCAGGAGAAAGCAAGUCCUGUGCUCCACUGACCACAGUGGCAGGGGGAGGAGGAACAGGACAGGAGGAGAACCUAAGGAAAAGACAAACUACCAAAUCCCUUCAGACAAUAGAAAAAGUCAAACAAAUGAAAACCAGAAUCUACCCCUGGAAAACAAAUUAGGAAAACUCUUAGGGUAGAAGAAGGCACAGAAACAGUUAAUAAAGAAUGGAGCUAAAAGUGAACAUCCAGCAAACAGGAAAAGAGUAAACACCAGAAGAGAUGAUGGUUAGACGGAUGGGUUCCUAACAGGAAAGGCAAUAGCAACAUGGUAUGACUGAACAUGGAGAAAUUGACUACUCACAGUGUCCUCCAUAACUCAGGGAGCAAGGAUCCUGUGCUUGGGAAUAGCAGUCACAGUGUCUGAUAUUUAUUUAGGGCAAGCGACCAGCAUGAUCUCACAGAGCACAAAUCCUCAGCCUCCAACCACAGUAAGUAAAACCACUCACUCAGUGAGAACUGAUCUGUUCCACCGUGUGUCCUGCUCUGGCAGGGAAUCCUGGAUCCCCAAAACACUCCUUCCCUUCUCAAUUUAUUUAUUUUUUUCUUUUUUGAGACAAAGUCUAGGUCUGUGAC